UAGUGGAGGUUAUACAAACGUUAGCGUAUCUUUAAAAGUUUGAAAGUUUUUCUAACUUGAAUGCUCGCACAUAUUGAGUGUAAAGUGGUCUUUGACAACUGUCGGAGUGUUCAGUGAUAGUGUUUCUUCCAUUAUGCAGCAGUUUGACCUUAGUUUUGGUUCAGAAAGUGACAGCAUUUCAAAGUUUUGUAGACAGGUGAGAAAAUGCUCAGGUGAAUCGUGACGAAACAAGCGAGCGAACGACCGGGUAAUUUUAAAGUAUGCCGUUUGUUUUAAGUGGAUUACAAAAAAAUUAUAUAAAGAAGUAGUGAUACACUAUGGUUUUUAGGAAGUUUAGGAGUUGAAAUAAGUACAGGAGCCUAAAGGUACGUAGGCUUGUCAGGUAGACAGGCCUACACAAAGGAAUGGUUAGACUGAAUCGCUUAUCUAGGCGAAGGACUAGUUGUAGUGAAAUGGAAGAGAAAGAAAGAUUAACUAAAACAUAUUGUUGUUGUAGUGCUGUUCGCGAUAGUGAUAGUUAUAUGUUUUGCCGAAAAAAUAUAGUGUGCUUCUUGGUUUGUGGGAUUAUUUUGCUGGGAUCAUCUGUCAGUGCAGAGUCUCUCCAAGCUCCCAGAUUCAUCACUCAGCCGUCCGGCUCCAGCAACAUCGUCAGCGAGGGCAGAACCAAGAUACUCCAGUGUCAAGCAUUGGGUUAUCCCCAGCCUCAGUAUAGGUGGCUCAAGGAUGGUGUGGAGUUGGGAGACUUCAGCACAGAACACUUCUACAGGAUACACAACACCAGGAGAGAAGACGGAGGCAGAUACCAGUGUGUGGCCAAGAAUGACGUCGGCUCAAUACUCAGCAAACCGAUUGACGUCACUGUCGCAUAUAUGGGAGUGUUUGAAGACCAGAGUGAGCGCACUGUCUCUGUGUCAUGGGGAGAAGCUGCAGUGCUGGAGCUGCCUCAGAUCACCAGCCACCCUCAGCCCCUGGUUAUCUGGCAAGCAGACGACGGGUCUCAGCUGUACGGCCGAAAAUAUGCAGUCACUCAUCAACAUCAGCUGGUCGUCCUGUCAGUCACUGACAAUGAUCAGAAGGCAUACAGAGCUCGCGCCACCAACACUCAGCUAGGCAAGGAGGAGAACAGUGCCUAUGUCCGACUGGUGGUCCGGGGUGGAGACCCGGGAGGGGAGAUUGCUCCAGAGAUCAUUGUCAGCCCUCGGGACUCCCACAUCCUCAAGGACACCCUAGCCACAGAACUGCAAUGUAUAGUUAAUGCGAGGCCCCUGCAUGAGCUGGAGACUCUAUGGCUGAAGGAUGGUAUCCCGGUGGAGAACACUGGUAUAAAUCACAACCUGAACGACCCGUGGAACCGCACACUGAGUUUAGUGUCUGCCAACCUCACACACACAGGCAGAUACACCUGUCAAGCGAGGCUACGUAGCGGAGGCUUCCCUGCAGUUGAGGCUACGGCUCAGGUCACUGUGCUGGAGGCUCCAUCGUUUGUAUCCAACCUGAGGCCUGAGACACUGGGAGAGUACGGCAACACUGUGAAGCUACCUUGUGAGGCCAAUGGGGAGCCAGCACCUUCUAUACAGUGGCUACACAACGCCAUAGACGUCAUGAGCUCCACCCACAGAGACAGAUAUAUGGUGGAAGAAGACAAGUCCCUGGUGAUAAAGAAGCUGAGGAUGGAAGACACAGGGAUGUACCAGUGUGUGGCGACCAACGAGGCUGGCAGCGACUUUGUCACUACCUGGCUCAAAGUGAAAACCUCUGCUCCCAUCAUGGAGACUCCACCACAGAAUGUGACAGUGUUGGAUGGCAAGGAUGCUAUCAUCUCCUGUAGAGUAGCUGGAGCACCCACUCCCAACAUCACUUGGUACUAUCAAGACUCCCAGCCUGUAGAGCUGAGUGGUCGUCUGCAGGUGCUAGAGUCAGGUGAUCUGCUAGUAGCAGCAGUGAGGGAGUCAGACGCUGGCAAGUACGCUUGUGUCAGGGCCAAUGAGGCUGGCCAGGUCUCUGCGGCUGGCUACUUGUCUGUACUAGUGAGGACUCAGAUUAUCCAACCCCCAGUGGACACCAGAGUUCUGCUUGGCAACACAGCUACUCUACAGUGUAAAGUGUCCAGUGACCCCUCAGUGCCUUACCAGAUAGACUGGUUCCAUAACGGGCAACCUGUAGGUGUGGGAUCGCAGCGUGUCAGUGUAGCAGGGGACGGGACUCUAGAGAUACAAGCUGUGAGAGCCGCUGAUGUGGGUGAUUACACCUGCGCUCUGGUGUCCCCGGGGGGCAAUGAGACCCGGACAGCACGGCUCAGUGUUAUAGAGCUGCCCUUCCCUCCCACCAACCUCGUGGCUACCAGACUGGACAACCGAGCCAUCAACCUCACCUGGGCACCUGGCUUUGACGGCAAUAGUGAGAUACUCAAGUACAUCGUGCAGCGGAGAGAAGUCUCUGACCUGGGCCCAAUCACAGACAACUGGGUGACAGAGCUUAGCAAUGUGUCUGCCAGUCAUCGUUAUGUCUUGCUGCGGAACCUCAAAGCUGCUGCUUCGUACCAGUUCAGAGUCAGCGCAGUCAACAGUGUAGGGGAGGGGUCACCCUCAGACCCUUCUAAUGUCAUUGCUCUUCCUCAAGAACCACCGUCAGGGCCUCCUAUAGGGUUUGCAGGAUCAGCCAGGUCAUCAUCAGAGAUCAUCACGCAGUGGCAGCCCCCCAUAGAGGAACACCGCAAUGGUCAGAUCCUGGGCUAUGUGAUCCGCUACAGACUCUACGGCUACAAUGAGAGUCCUUGGAACAUCCGCAACAUCACUAACGAGGCUCAACACAACUACCUGGUGCAGGGGCUGAUCACAUGGAAGGACUAUGUGCUGCAGAUUGCUGCUUACAACAACAAGGGAGUGGGAGUGUACAGCGACGGCAUCAGGAUCAAAACCAAAGAAGGAGUACCUGAGGCCCCUCCCACUGAUGUCAAGGCUGAAGCUGUCAACUCCACCGCAGUACAAGUCUGGUGGAAGCCUCCUCACCCGCAGAAGAUUAACGGAAUUAAUCAGGGAUACAAACUGCAAGCGUUUAUUGGUGGGGGAGUCAGCAGAGUGAUGACAGUUCCACCAAGUCUGUUUGACCCGUUGGCUCAACAGAGUGCUGUCAUGUCUGGUCUGCGUAAGUUCACCAGUUACAACUUGACAGUCCUGUGCUUCACAGACCCUGGCGAUGGUCUGCCCAGUAACCCUGUGGAAAUUACCACUCAGGAGGAUGUUCCAGAUGAAGUAGGAGGUCUACAGUUUGAAGAUGUGUCGGACAGAGCUGUGAAGGUUGUGUGGCUGCCACCAGAGAGAACCAAUGGUAUACUGACUGGUUACACACUCAGCUACAUGGUCAAGGACAAGCCUGAUACUCUCAAGACUGAGAACUUCACAGCAGACACUCUGAGUGUGAUGGUGACACAACUGCAGGCCACAACACACUACAGGUUUGAGGUGAAUGCUUGGACCAGUGUUGGCGCAGGGCCUAGACGAGUAGCCACCAUACAGUCUGGUGUAGAGCCUGUACUGCCCUCUCCACCCACCAAACUGGCUGUCACCAACAUCGAGGCAUUCUCUGUUGUGUUGCAAUUCACACCCGGGUUUGAUGGCAAUUCCUCCAUCACCAAAUGGAUUGUCGAGGCUCAAACAGCCCGGAACACAUCCUGGUUUCCUGUGUUUGAGGAGUCCAGUCCAGAUGCCAUGACACUCACAGUUGUUGGACUUGUGCCGUUCACUCUGUACCGGCUACGUUUGAUUGCUCGUAACGUGGCUGGCACAUCAGAACCGUCAGAGCCAACCAAGGAGUUCCAGACCAUACAAGCUCCUCCGUCACACGCUCCUCACAACGUCACUGUCAGGGCACUGAGUGACACCGAGCUUCGCGUCAGGUGGAUUCCUCUGCAGCAGACUGAGUGGUUUGGUAACCCCCGAGGUUACAACAUCUCGUACAGGGAGGUAGGCAGCACCAGUCCGCCAUUGUUUAUCAUCAUAGAGGAUCACACAGCAAACUCCCAUGUGGUGGACAAACUGGAGGAGUUUGCUCAGUACGAGAUCGUGUUGACUGCGUGUAAUGACGUUGGUGUGUCGGCCCCGAGUCCUAUAGCUUUGGAGCGCACCAGAGAAUCAGUACCUUCAUUUGGGCCAAUGAAUGUUGCUGCCAACGCAACAUCUUCAACCACGAUCGUAGUGCGUUGGGGAGAUGUGCCGAGGCAGCACAGGAACGGCCAGAUAGAGGGAUACAAAGUGAUCUACGGGACUGGAAACCCACGGAAUCCACUACCUCCUCAAGUGAAGGACAUACCCUCCAACAGAACAUUCACCACUACUCUGACUGAACUGCGCAAGUUUGUGGUCUACAGUAUACAAGUGCUGGCGUACACUAGGCUGGGAGACGGCACUCUCAGCACUCCACCAGUCAGGGUCCAGACCUUUGAGGAUGUACCUGGACCACCAUCGAAUGUGUCAUUCCCAGACGUGUCUCUAACAACAGCCAGGAUCAUCUGGGAUGUUCCAGAGGAGCCUAAUGGAGAAAUCCUUGCAUACAGAGUUAGUUACCAUCUGCAAGCAACUGGAAGUCUCAACUUCUCUAGAGAGUUCCCACCUUCAGAUAGAACAUACAGGGCAACUGAGCUAGAGCCAGAACAGUACUACCUGUUUUCUGUGACGGCCCAGACCAGGCUGGGAUGGGGAAAGUCCACAGAGGCUCUUGUCUACACCACUAAUAACAGAGAGAACCCUCAACCCCCGUCAGCUCCCCAGCUUAGCCGCAGUCAGGUGCAAGCCACUCAGAUCACCUUCAGUUGGGCACCCGGCCGCGACGGAUAUGCUCCUCUUAGGUACUACACAGUUCAGCUGGCCGAGGGUUCAGGACCUUGGAUGUCAGUACAAGAAAGAGUUGACCCAUCAGUAACAUCAUACACUGCCACAGGGCUGAAACCAUACACAAGCUACAGGUUUAGAAUACAAGCAACCAAUGACAUUGGACCUAGUGGCUGGAGUGUUGAGUCUUCUCAAGUCAGGACUCUACCUGCAGCUCCCAGUAAGGGAGUCAGUGAUGUCAAAGUGAUCCCAAUAACCACGACGAGUGUGAGAGUAGAGUGGACAGCAAUCCCAGACAACUUCUGGUCUGGUGAUCCUGAGACUGGAGGAUACAGGAUUGUGUUCCAACCGGUGUCUGAUUUCCCUACCUCACUACAGGCAACACCCAAACAAGAGGUCAAGGGAAUUAAGACAACAUCGGUGGUACUGACAGAGCUGUCCCGGGACCACAACUAUGAGAUCGUGGUGGUGCCAUUCAACUCGCAGGGUGCUGGGCCGGCGUCACCCCCUGUAGCAGUGUACGUGGGUGAGGCGGUCCCUACAGGGCGACCUAGGAGUGUCACUGCUGAACCUGUCAGCUCUACUGAGGUACGCCUACACUGGCUGCCUCCCCAGCAGAAGGAACAAAACGGAGACUUACUUGGCUACAAGAUCUUUUACCUGGCCACAGAGCUGUCACAAGAGCUAGAUCCUGAGGACAAGGUAGAGGAGGAGCUGGAGGUAGUGCCUGCGUCCUACACUGGCCACAGUUUGGUGUUCCUGGACAAGUUUACUGAGUACAGGAUACAGAUACUAGCAUUCAACCCAGCUGGUGACGGGCCUAGGUCUACACCCGUGGUUGUCAAAACUCUACAGGGACUUCCUGGACCUCCGAGAGAUUUGAGAUUUUCUGACAUCACAAUGACCAGUCUGCUUGUAUCUUGGGACCCACCGAAAAAGCGGAAUGGAGAAUUGAUUGGAUACAUCGUUACUUAUGAAACUGCAGAGCAAAAUGAACGAUUUAGCAAACAAGUGAAGCAAAAGGUGUCAGAUAAAAGUCUGUUGGUGCAAACGCUUGAGGAGGAAGUCACUUACACAUUCACUGUGCGAGCUCAGACCAUUGACUACGGACCUGCUGUGAAAGGAAAUGUAACAACCGGACCACAAGAAGGUUCACCAACACGACCCAAGGAACUUACUGUUGGCAAGACUGUGUCAUCCGUGGAGCUACAUUGGGUGAACGGUGCCUCGGGGAAAGGACCUAUCCUGGGAUACUACUUCCAGAGCAAGAGAAAAGAUGACACCAGAUGGACUACAGUGACCCGCACUGGUAAUGGUCCUCUGCAGGAGUUUGCCAUAUCCUACCAGAGUCUGCUGCCUUCUACUGCCUACACCUUCCGGGUGAUAUCAUACAACAAAUAUGGCAUCAGCUAUCCUGCCUACUCUGAUGACGUGGUUUUGACGCCAUCAAAGCUCUACCUAGAAUAUGGAUACCUCCAGAUGAAGCCUUUUUACCGCCAGACAUGGUUCAUGGUAGCUUUGGCUGCAGCGUCGAUUGUCAUCAUCAUCAUGGUGGUUGCCGUCCUCUGUGUUAAAAGCAAGAGUUAUAAAUACAAACAAGAAGCACAGAAGACCCUAGAAGAGUCUAUGGCUAUGGACAUUGAUGACCGCCAGCAGCUAGCCAUGGAGCUGUACCGUGGAGGAGGUACAUUGGGCAAACGUAGCACUCUGGCUAGGAAACAUCUGGCUCCCCCCGGUCCUCCGAUGCUGGGCAAAUCUCCCCCUCGCCCCUCUCCUGCUUCAGUGGCCUACCACAGCGACGAGGAGAGUCUCAAGGGCUACGACGAGAACCCUGACGACAGCAGCGUCACCGAGAAACCCUCGGAAAUCAGCUCUUCAGAGUCACAGGGCUCAGAAAGUGAGAAUGAGAGUGUGCGCUCGGAUCCACACUCGUUCGUCAAUCACUACGCCAAUGUGAACGACUCGCUGCGGCAGUCGUGGAAGCGACAGAAGCCUGUACGCAACUACUCUAGUUACACAGACUCAGAACCUGAGGGUAGUGGCAGUGCUGUGGUCAGUCUCAACGGAGGACAAAUCAUCAUGAACAACAUGGCCCGCAGUCGCGCACCUCUACCAGGCUUCUCAUCCUUUGUAUGAUCUCCAACACGUGCAAUGUAAAUAGUUCUAGUUAUAGUGAAAGUAUGUUGAAUGUGAUCAUUGUGUAUAUAUACCUACGUUGGGAAACAGUGGAAUUUAGAUUGGUUAUUAUUUAUAAUUUUUGAAUGUGUUCAGUUUUUAUUCCUAUUACACAUAUAAAAAAAAGUCUAAAAGAACUUCAACUCUAUUAAAAAUAAUAGGGUUGAAUAAAAGUCAAAAGUAUUAUUAAUGCAUUUUCUAUAAGAUUCCAACCUUAUUAAGGCAUUUAGUUAGUUACAAAUGGCUUUUACAAUGUAAGAAAAGAAACAAAAUUAUACUUUGCUAGUUGUUUGGAAAGCAUUUAGGACUCCAUGGAUAGAAAUUAUUCUCUCUUAAAACAAAACAAUCUACCUCAAUUGAACAUUAGCAAAAUUGAGUAAAUUGUUUAUUGGUUUAACAUUUAAAAUUCAUAUUUUAUAUUUGAUU